AUGGUGCUCUUUUCCACCCUAUGCAAAACCCUGGCGCUGCUGCCCACAGCAGGGCUGGUCAGCGCGGACCUCGCUGCUGAAGAAGGUUACCUCGGUGUAGCUGCGGAACAGCGUAUGAUGAGCCCACCAAAUAAGGAAAUGAACCGUGUUCAUGAAGAGCUUAUACGAUCCCGAAUCAUUCCUACCGUUAUCGACGACUUCAUACCCAUCCUUGAAUUGACAGUUGCUUGGAAGCACCUCCGUGCAAACCUUGGAAACAUACUCCCUCCUUCAUACCUUCAAGUCGCCCCAUCAAUUCACCUUGACCAUGCCGGGGCUAAAGUCCCUUCCGACAUCAUGACGGAUUCCAGCAUGACCUAUGUCAUCGUCAUGACCGACCCCGAUGCUCCAUCGCGACAGGAUCCCAAGUGGUCCGAGUUCUGUCACUGGAUCAGGGCCUCAUAUCUGGCUUUGGAUUCAGUCACUGGGCGCCGGAGGAGAGAUCUGGUGGAAUAUACGCCACCAGCACCCCCUGCCGGAACCGGACCGCAUCGCUACGUGUUCCUAGCCUUUAUCCCAGCCAACGGAACAAGGAAAAGACUACAUCUUACCACGCCCAGCGCUAGAGUUCGCUGGGGUUCGGAUACCGAGAGAACUGGUGUUCGUGAUUGGGCAAAUGUGAACGGACUUGUUCCCUUUGCUGCCAAUUUCAUCUAUGCGGAGAACAAGAGGCAGUAA